AUGCUGCGCCAAUCGGUCCUCGCGGACGCCAUCACCGACAGAUACAACGGUACCCAGGCCAUGAAACAGAAGAUCUACAAUGCCGCUCCGUUGUCCCGCGCGUCAUUCCUCGUCCGAGUCCAUUUCAGACUACGAUCUGCUCGGUCUUGCUCGGAUGCCCGUCGGGACAACGAAGGGAUAACCACGGCAGCGCCGUGGCUUCGCCGAUAA